AUGUCCAAGCCAGAUCUUCCGGUCCCACCACCCACCAUCUCAACACCACGCCUGCACCUCCGCCGCCUAACAGACACGAGCGAGGGGUCGCAAGACGUGCAGCUGUACCAUGAGAACUGGAGUGAUCCAGUAGCGACCGCAUGGAGCCUCCUCGGCCCCACGACCUCCCUAACCUCCAGCCGCCAACGAAUGCUCACGCAAAUCAACGAGACUGACAUCUGGUUCUACGCCAUCUUCCUCGCCCCGACCAAUUCAGAAUCCCACGAGUUAGGCACCCACAUCGGCAGCGCAUCCCUGCGCCUCCAACACUCCGGACCCACGCUGCCACCGCCGUCUGACUUCAAGGACGCAGAGGUAGGGACCGGCGGCCCCUUAUCCGCAGCGGAAAUCGCAGCGCGGGUGGAGGCGUUGGAAGAAGACGCGGUAGAGCAGCCUGGGCCGAUGCCGAUGCCGAUGCGGGUGCUGGGGUACGCGCUGUUUGCGGAUCACAGCGGGAAGGGGUACGCGACGGAGGCGUGUAAGGGGCUGCUUGCGGGCUACCGGUCUUCGAUUGCGAAGUGGAGGGCUGGGCCAGGUGGUGUCGAUACCAGAGUCGAUACCAGAGUCGAUACCAGAGUCGAUACCAGAGUCAAAACCAAAGUCAACGCCAUAGUCAAAACCAGACUCAACGCCCCCACUAACCCCAAGACCAACACCAAAGCAACCGUCGAUAUCGAAACCAACCAACCCACCCACGCACACAGCCCCCAAGCGCAGAAGCGAACGCGAGACAAGACAGUAUUCUACAUCGAAGCGGGCGUGGAUGUGGAAAAUCCCGGUAGCCAGAGGGUGUUGCAGAAGCUAGGGUUCAGGACUGUAAGGAUGAAGGUCGAGGAGGAGCGGGUGUGGUUGAACAGCGGGUGGCGGGGGCCUGGGUGGUGGAUUACGGGGAUGUAUUUGUGA